CGGCAAACCAGAUUGCACCUUAACACCAUACUGCAGGACACAAUUACUGCGAACUACGAUCCGAGCGCGCUUGAGAUGUAUAAAGACAUAGAUAAUUCAACUACAAAAACGCUGAUUUUAAUUAUUAAGUCAAAGAAAACAAUCUCAAAAUGGUCUGGUCACGCGAGCUGCUGUGACCAUCGUAGAAUGUAUUGCUUCAUAGUCAUAGCCCGGCUCUAAUUCUGACGGAUUAGUGUCGGAGAGGCUUACACUUGGCGAGUAUCCUCUGUUCAGAUAAGUACAUAUCCGUGACUUUGUCGAGAUCGCAAACUUACAAUCCCGAUGUCAAUCUGGAUGGAUGAGUGGAACCUCGAACACUCGCACUCAUCGCGUGUGCGACUCCGCGCUGAGCGAUCGGCCUUUGUGACGAUGCAGAAGAAUGCACUCCUCAGAGGCUCAGCUCGCAAUAUUUGCGUCUUCUGCGAGCAUCGCCGCAUCGUCAUUUCAGAGCAGCGCAGACCCAUCACAUCUUCCACAACUCCCAAUAAUGGCGCUUCACACAACGUGGAUAUGGCGAAGUGGCAGUUGAAAUGUAGAUCACGACAGCUACAGCGCACUAGAGCUCAGUCUGCUAUGAUGCAGCACCAAGCACGAUGUUUUGGUGGUUUUGCAUUGUCUUCAGAGGAGCGAAAGUCACCUCUUGCCACACGCCAACAACCUGCUAUACAUCCUGCUCUGACCAAGACGCGCAAUACCAAUCAAGAAGAUCUGAAUGCACGCUCUGACCAACAACAGACGAGCUAUACUGGGCGCCCUUAUCGUGAGCUGCCUAGAUUCAGAGUACAACCCAAUAACACACAUCAUGCUCCUCGUAUACAAUCAAGGGCCCCAAUGCCUAUCAUACGUGAAGAGCGAGGACGCCUUCUGUCGUUGGACGAGCCAGUAAAAGAGCCUGUCCCUGUUAACUGGCAAGGUCUGCGGAAGAAACCGAGUCCAGAAGAUAUUUCCAAGCUACUUGAGAGCGCGGAAUCAAGACCUCCUGUGCUUAGAAGAGUUAUCCAAAAACAACCGAUCCGCGAUGUCAUGAGAAAUGCAGAGAGAUUCCGUCCAUCAUACACACCAUUCCUACCACAACGGAUACGAGAUCUGGGACGGCGAGACCCUGAACAGCGAGGAAGCGUAUUGGGCAGCGCCACAUCUGUUGAAGACCACUCUUUGGUCAAGGAGCCACCGUCUGGUAGCAUGGAAGGGUCAGUUGGUCUGACGCCAAAGAAGUCUAACUCAGAAUUCGUAACGUUCAGUCCGUUUUCAACUAGCGGUGCCGCUACCACAACGCAUAGAAGCAAAGAGGAUGGUAGAAUUGUUGAAGAAAAUGAACCCACAGGAGCAGUGGAGAGUUAUCGACAACGACGAGAACGACGACGUCUGGAGGCUGCCGGCGCUUUCAUGGAAGGAGAUACUUGGGCAAGAGAUUCUAGGAACACGAGACGCAAGGGUAGAAGGACCCAAAUAGAGCAUGAGCAAGAAGCAGAGGAUGAGGCACGAGCUCUACGCGAGGAAAGACGGAGGUCGAGGCAAGAAAAGAAAAUGACCAAGAAGGAAGCACCGAAACCGAUCAGUCUGCCAGAGUACAUCAGUGUUGUCAAUCUUGCUACAGCACUUCGGGUUCAUGUGGAUCGCCUCGUCACCAAAAUGGAAGAGCUUGGGUUCGAAGAUGUUCAGAAUUACCAUAUCCUCACGUCGGAAGACGCGUCACUCAUUGCAAUGGAAUACAACUUUCAACCACUCGUUGAGGAUGAGUUUGCUAGAGAUUUGCAAGCUUUGCCUGAACCCGAAGACAAGGCACAUCUCCCAGCACGACCCCCGAUAGUCACAAUCAUGGGACACGUUGAUCACGGCAAGACAACACUAUUGGACUAUCUGAGAAAGUCGGCGGUAGUAAAGAGCGAAUUCGGAGGGAUCACUCAACAUAUCGGUGCUUUUAGCGUGCCAUUGCCCUCGGGGAAAACCAUCACUUUCUUGGAUACGCCUGGACAUGCUGCAUUUUUAGAUAUGCGCCAACGUGGUGCCAAUGUGACUGAUAUUGUUGUCCUUGUUGUUGCGGCAGAUGAUAGUGUGAAGCCGCAGACCAUCGAAGCUAUCAAUCAUGCGCAGGGUGCAGGUGUGCCUAUGAUCGUUGCGAUCAAUAAGAUGGACAAGCAAGGAGCCGCCCCCGAAGUGGUCAAGCGAGAUCUCAUGGCGAAUGGAGUGGAAGUCGAGGACUUCGGUGGUGAUGUUCAAGCCAUCCAUGUCAGCGGCAAGACCGGUCAAGGGAUGGAGGAUCUCGAAGAGGCAAUUGUCACUUUGUCGGAAAUGCUCGAUCAUCGUGCGGAUCCUCAAAGGCAGGUCGAGGGAUGGGUGAUCGAAGCCGCAACGAAGACCUCUGGAAAGGUUGCUACUGUUCUCGUACGCCAAGGUACUCUUCGCAUCGGCGACGUCUUGGUUGCGGGUCAAACAUGGGCAAGGGUGCGAUCACUGAAGACAGAUGCUGGUAUCGUUGUUGAAUCGGCAGGGCCAGGUACCCCUGUUGAAGUCGGUGGUUGGCGCGAGCAACCCGAAGCUGGAGAUGAGGUGAUUCAAGCUUCAGAUGAACACAAGGCCACCAGUGUAGUUGAUUACCGUAUCGAGAAGGCUGAGCGUAUCAAACUCGCUGUAGAUAUGGAAGCCAUCAAUGAAGCUCGGCGAGCCGAAGCGGCUAAAAAAGCGACUGACGAAGAAGCCACUCGACGAGCUGAAGAGUAUCCAGACGGUGAGCCGGAGGAUGCUAAAACAGAAGAAAUAUCAACUGGUCCAACCAACGUACCGUUUAUUAUCAAAGCUGAUGUAUCCGGCUCUGCUGAAGCGAUUCUUAAUUCGGUUUCGGCCAUUGGAAAUGGUGAAGUCCAAGCGCAAGUACUCAGGACUGGUGUUGGUGCGGUAUCAGAGUUCGACAUCGAACACGCUGCAACUGCUGGCGGGUCUAUCAUCAAUUUCAACACCCAAACACCCGGUCACAUCGCCGCUCUUGCUGACGCAAACAAAGUGCGGAUACUGAAUCACAAUAUUAUCUACCGGCUAGUCGACGACGUGAAGAGCAUCGUUAGUGAGAAGCUCGCACCGAAGGUGACACAGCGCGUGACGGGCGAGGCGGAAAUUUUGCAGACUUUCAACUUCAAUAUCAGGGGUCGAAAGUUCAUACUGAUCGCUGGUUCGAGGGUUCGUACGGGUACACUGAAGAAAGAUGGCAAAGUCAGAGUUCUGCGCAACCAGGAAAUCAUCUACGACGGUACCAUUUCCUCGCUGAAGAGCCACAAAAAAGAUGUCCAGGAGAUUUCAAAGGGGACUGAAUGUGGUGUCUCUUUCGAAAAUUUCGAAGACUUCUUCGUUGGCGAUGUAAUCCAGCAUUAUGAGGAGAAGUCCGAGAAACGCUUGCUGUAGGCCUAUGUUUGGAUGGUCACAUGAUUGUAGGUACAUAUAAGCAUUGCGUGGCGUGCCCUGUCUAGCUCAUUGUAUCACACCACAUGUGCGGCCUCAGAAGAUUGAUGUUACUUUCCCCACUUCAUGUACAGUAUAUUAGACAAAGAUCAUGCGAAAGAGCUGAUAUACUCCAUAUAAGCACAGAGCCACAGAACUUUUAUCAAUAGUCAACAGUUCAUGUCUAUACGUCCUUCCGCAAUCCUGCUCCUGCCCAUAACACUGGCGCGAAGUGUUUCGGUAGGUUUGUCGUGAAGAGACUGAUCAGCCAUAUAGUUGCGAUGACAGGCACUGGUCCAAGGAGUAGUUCUGUGUGGUGGAGGAAGGGCAG